GGCCGAGUUAUCGGCCACCGGACCAAAUUUCAACAGUUCUGAUCGACCUCCAUUUGAUUUCUUCUUCUUCGUUGCCUCCAUUCCUACUCCGGCGAGCCAUAACGUCCAUUCUUGCGUCCCACUCCCACCUCUCACCUCAACUUUUUUUUUAAUUUAUCUCAUCUCAACUGUCAGUGCCAUCGUUGAAGGAGUGUCUAACGCUAGGUUAUCAUUGUAUUUACCGAGAGUUAGGUUUGCACCUAAGUUUAACAAGCAACGACCACCAUUUCUGGCUAGUAGGAGUGUCUUUUUCUUAUCACUGAACGUGAGAGGUUAGGACACAUCACAUCAGGAGGGGCUAGGCUAACGCUAACAAUGGCCGCCGCGUCCGAUCAACACGCCGGCGACCGGCACGAGACGCCGCCGCUGGUGUUCGACGAGGUCCGGUGGGUGGUCCAGAUCCGGCGCUCCCUCCAGGAUGACGGCGCCGGCGGCGGCGGCGACGACGACGACAACGGCAUCCCGGUGUCCGUGUUCAACGUCCCCAAGCAGCUGCGGGUGCACAAGCCCGAGGCCUACACGCCUCAGUUCAUCGCGCUCGGGCCCUACCACCACUGGCGCCCCGAGCUGUACGAGAUGGAGCGCUACAAGCUCGCCGCGGCGCGCCGCGCGCAGCGCCGGCUCUGCGCGGGGCUCAAGCUCGAGGGCCUCGUCCAGCAGUUCGUCCAGCUGGAGCGCCGGGUCCGCGCCCACUACCACCGCUACCUCGACUUCAGCGGCGAGACGCUGGCGUGGACGAUGGUCGUCGACGGCGCGUUCCUGCUCGAGUUCCUGCAGAUCUACGACGCCGCUGCCGCGGCCGACGACGACGAGGGGGGCGGCGGCAGGGCGCUGCGGCGGCUGCCGUCGAGGAUGGCGCACCUCGUCGACUUCGCCGGGAGGAAGUCGGCGCACAACCUCAUCCUCCGCGACAUGCUCAUGCUCGAGAACCAGGUCCCGCUCUUCCUCCUCCGCCGGAUCCUCGAGCCGCAGUGCGCGUCCGCCGACGAGGCCGCCGGGCUGCUCGCGCGGAUGGUCACCGGGCUCAUGAAGGAGCUCUGCCCGUUCAAGAUGAUGGCCAGCUUCCCGGCGGUCGUCGACGUCGGCAAGCACGCGCACCUGCUCGAGGUGCUGUACCACAUACUCCUGCCGGAGCCGGCCGAUGACUCCACGGCGGAGGCCGACGCCAACGGCAACUUCCACGACGACGGCUACGACAUUGAGGAGCAGGCCGCGGACGGCGGCGGCGCGGCGGAGCAGCGGAAGCCGGCGGCGUGCGGCGGCUGCGAAUACGUGAAGCAGCUGUUCCUCGCCGUGUGGGGCAUCGUGUCGGGGCUCAACAGCACGGCCGGCCCCGUGCGCUACGUGACGAAGCCGAUCGAGUUCGCCAUCAAGGCGCCGUGGAAGAUGCUCGCCGUGGUGCCGGGAGUGGGGUCCUUCAUGUCCGCAGGCGACGGGAGCACCACCAACCCCCGCGACCCGAGCUCCUCCGCGGGGUACCUGACCCGGCCGCCGCUGAUCGAGGAGAUCAUGAUCCCCUCGGUGUCGGAGCUGGCCAACGCCGGCGUCCAGUUCGUCCCGACCGCCGGCGGCCUGUCUACCGUCGCCUUCGACGCCAAGGCGGCGAACUUCAGCCUCCCCGUGGUGACCCUGGACUCCAACACGGAGGUGGUGCUCCGGAACCUUGUCGCCUACGAGGCGGCGGCGGCGUCGGGCCCGCUGGCGCUGGCGCGGUACACGGAGCUGAUGAACGGCAUCAUCGACACCGACGAGGACGUGGCCGUGCUGCGGCGGCGCGGGGUGGUGCUGAACCGGAUGAAGAGCGACGGCGAGGUCGCCAGGCUGUGGAACGGGAUGACGCGGUCGGUGCGGCUGACCAAGGUGGCGGCCAUGGACAGGGCCGUCGAGGAGGCCAACCGCUACUACAACUCGCGGUGGCGCGUGAGGGCGAAGCGGUUCAUGCGCAAGUACGUGUUCAGCUCGUGGCAGGUGCUCACCUUCCUCGCCGCCGUCAUGAUGCUGCUGCUCACCACGCUCCAGGCCUUCUGCUCCGUCUACACCUGCUCGCGGUGGUUCGGCGCCGUCACCGUCGCCAAGGCGGGGUGAUCGCCAUCGUCGCCGUCGCGUUGGACUCGCCGGGAGCCUUUCUGGAUCGGGACACGCGCGACAUGAUUUGCAUGGGGUUUGGUAUGGGUCAACGACGAGGUAAUUCAGUUUUUUUUGGGUAGUGUGGGCUGGCAAUUCGUUGUUGUUAAAGAUGUACAUAGUAAUUGGUUGUGAAUUGUGAUGAGGUUGAUUUUCACUCUAUUGGCUUUACAUUUGAAUUUGUGGUGAUUUUGCAAAGCUGAAUGGUAUAUAUGUUAUGAAUAA